CCGGGCCGGGCGGGCAGCCGGGCAGCCGCAGGUGGGGCCUCAGGCGGUGGCAGAGGGACCGAGCCAGAGCUGGGGAGCCCCGGAGCCCCACGCGGGGAGCGCCAAGGAUGCCCCGCGGGGACUCGGAACAGGUGCGCUACUGUGCGCGUAUCUCCUACCUCUGGCUCAAGUUCUCGCUCAUCAUCUACUCCACGGUGUUCUGGCUGAUCGGGGGUCUGGUUCUGUCCGUGGGCAUCUAUGCAGAGGUAGAACGGCAGAAAUACAAGACGCUGGAGAGUGCCUUCCUGGCUCCAGCCAUCAUUCUCAUCCUGUUGGGGGUUGUCAUGUUCAUCGUGUCCUUCAUUGGUGUCCUGGCCUCCCUACGAGACAACCUGUACCUCCUCCAGGCGUUCAUGUACAUCCUCGGGAUCUGCCUUAUAAUGGAGCUCAUUGGUGGUGUGAUGGCCCUGAUCUUCCGGAACCAGACCAUUGACUUUCUGAAUGACAACAUCCGCAGAGGAAUUGAGAAUUACUAUGACGAUUUGGACUUCAAAAACAUCAUGGACUUUGUCCAGAAACAGUUCAAGUGCUGUGGUGGUGAGGACUACCGAGACUGGAGCCAAAACCAGUACCAUGACUGCAGCGCCCCGGGGCCCCUGGCCUGCGGGGUGCCCUACACCUGCUGCUUCCGGAACACGACAGAUGUCGUCAAUACCAUGUGUGGCUACAAAACUAUCGACAAGGAGCGCUUCACUGUGCAGGACGUCAUCUACGUGAGGGGCUGCACCAACGCCGUGCUCAUCUGGUUCAUGGACAACUACAGCAUCAUGGCCGGCCUCCUGCUGGGCAUCCUGCUCCCCCAGUUCCUGGGGGUGCUGCUGACGCUGCUCUACAUCACCCGCGUGGAGGACAUCAUCACGGAGUACUCGGUCACCGACGGACUCCUGGGCCCCGGAGCCAAGGCCAACAUGGACACAGCCGGCACGGGGUGCUGCCUGUGCUACCCUAGUUAGAGGCCAGGCCCAGGACAACGGCUUCAGCGGGCCAGGCUGAAGAACACCUGCAAGUCCACACAGGGGGAGUGGCUGAGUAGGACCUGGGCCUCGCUGCCCACACGUGGUGUGGAUCGAAGUCGAGGCUGUGCACCUGUGUGGGGGCUCCCGAGGCCGCUGCCUCCCCUGGGGUGGAGCCUGAGGCCCUCCCAGGAGGGGAGUGGCCCUCUCCCCACUGCCACCGUCGGGUCUCUGAGCCCUGCUGAGAUCCCGGCUGGGCGAUGAGGCGGAGAGGGGCCCCCUUCUCCAAGGGCUGAGCUCAGGGUCCAUUUCAUUCCUGGCAGUGCCUUGACUGUGGUAUUUAUGCCUCCUUCAGGCAGCUUUUGUAGUGAUUUGUAAGCAAGGGGAGAGGGAGCUGUGUGCCCUGUGGGGCAGGAGGGGCCGUCCCCUUUGCUCCCCCCACCAACCCUGGUGCCUUGAGCCCCUCGCAAGGGCUGCAGCUUCGCUCACCCUUAUUUUUCUACAUGAUUUUUGUAACAUUUGUAUUUUGUACGGUUAACAGGAGUUUCUGACUAAUCAAAGCUGAAUGCUCCUCCUCCAUGACUCCCAUUCCAACUCAGUUCAUUAAUCAAACAAUAAAGAUAGGAAUUUUUUA